AUGAGCCAUAGCAACAACUUUCUGUUAAACGUGGAUACUCUAACCAUAGCUAUACAUGAAAUCAAGAAUCAAUUCCACGACUCUGCCUCACCAAAUGAUUUGCACGAUAUAAUUGACAAAAUAGAUAAUGCAAUAUCCACCAUUGAUUCCAAACUUGAAAGCUUUGUCACAAUAAACAAGAAGAAACUACAACAGGAUGUUAGCAAUAUCGAUCUAUUAAGAGUGAGCAAACUCUCCUCAACAAUCAAGAAUGCGUCGAAUUUAACUCAAGUACUAGCCAAUGCCGAUGAAUUGGGCCACAACUUAACCUACAAAAUCAAAUCGUUAGACCAAGAGAUAAGCAACGUUGAUGACACACUACACUAUGUCGAAAGCGUUCAGCUGUUGAAAAGCAACAUCAACCAAAUCAAUUAUGCCAUAGAGGGACAAAAUUGGGAAUUGGCUGCUCAAUGUAUUCACUCAAUCAAAACAAAGAUACCACAAGAUUUAAUUCGUGGCCAAUACGCAUCAGCUGUUAUUCCGUCAACAAAUGUCCCCGACCUACCCGAGGUUUGUAUUGACAAUUGGGUCAAACAACUUACCGUUGUGUUCCAAAAACAAUUCAAUGAAGCAGCAUCGAAAAGGGAUGUUGAACACUUAACUAAAUAUUUUCAACUAUUCCCCUUGAUUGGUCAAGAGGAAGUCGGAUUAAACUGCUAUGCGAAAUUCAUAUGUGAAAUUAUUAGUGAGUCGUCGAAAAACUUGACACAGACGAUAAACAGCAUCACUGCAACUGAUUUGAAACCAGGUAUCUUUGACACUGUGGCGAUGCAAUUAUUUGAAAAUGUGUCAAUGAUGCUCUCUCAACAUGGCCCUUUGAUCAAACGAUACUAUGCGUCUACAUACUCAGAUGCAAUGACGUACGUAGUCAACAAAUUGCAACGUGAAGUUGAUUUACAGAUUGGAGUUAUUACCGACACGUUUUAUGAUGCACGACGAUUGGACAAGUUGUUUCAGGAUAUUAAACUAUACAAAUUCCCUGUGUUGUCCAGAAGGCUCACUGACUUGCAUGAACAUACAGUAGAGCAAGGUCGUGUGAGUGAGGACUACGAAGGUUUGGAUGAUCUUGUGCCCAUUCGGUAUGUUGGCGAUUUGAUCUUGGAGUUAUCCUUGAUAUUGCACAGCUGGGCUUUAUAUUGCAAGUUUGUGACCAUCAAGUAUUUCCAUCAAUCAGACUCAUCCGAGUUGACCAUGCCUAUGAUCAUUACCAAAUCUAAUUUCUCCAGGAAAAUCAAUGAAAAGCUUUUGCCUGCAUUUGAGGCAAUGUAUCAAUUUUAUUUUCGUCGAUCAUUGGAAAAAUCAAUUACGAUUGAGGAGUUACCCAGUUUGGAGUCGUACUUGAGACCAGCACUUGAAUCGAAAUCACCUGACCACCCACCUUGUUCAUCUGUGAUUGAGGAUUUAACUUUGAUAUUGAAUAAUACUUUGAGAAAUGUAAUUCAAUCUGGUUUCCCAACAUCCGUUAAAGCUUUUGUUACGGAGAGUUUUCGAGUUAUACAACAGGAUUUGAUAAAUGGGUACUUUAUAAGGAAUCUCAAUGACAAUCAGCCAAAGUAUAAUCAGUCUUUAUCAUUGUUGAGUGAGGAUGGAGGUUUAGCUAGUCCACGAGCCAAGUCGAGAAGUGGCACUCCCGAGCCACACGGUGGCCCAGUAACUACUACUGCCGCUUCCACUACGUCCAAUAGUAGUGGCUUCUUCAAAGGGGCGUCGAGCGCAUUUGGCAGUGUUGUAAGUGGCUCAGGGGCAAUUGUUGGCAGUUUACAAACCACUUCUUCAAACAGUCCCAAGCUCAUGAACUUUCUCCUAUAUUUAAAUUCGGUAGGUAUUGCUCAAGAAUACUUUACAAAGGUUAUAAAUAAUGUCAAAUCACCAGCACCAUCUAAUACAGGGCUCAUCGAAACUAAUUUCCCCUUUGGUAAGGAUGCCGAAAAGAUUAGAGCCAUCUUGGAUCAAGAUUUUUUAAAUCCAUUCAACUCCAUCACCAACAAGAUUUUGAAUGAAAGUUUGAUUAAUUUGUACAACCAGUCAAUUAGACAACGGUUAAUCACCAUGGUCAGUGAUCUCGUGCCUGAAAGUUCCGAGUCCAAUUACAUCUUAUACUCCACUAAUCAGGUUAACGACCCAUCACUACUCAUCAAAUUUAAAUCCAAUUGGUCUUCACUAACGCGCCCAUACUUGCAAACGUUGCAUCAAUCUGUAUGGCACAAGCUAUUACGAUUAAUAGUUGUCAAUUUGGUCAAUUUGAUUGAAAGGAAAUUACAUUUAGCAUUAAAAAAGUCCAAAAUAAAUGAAUUGGGAUCAGUCAAGUUGGAAAAAGAUAUGAGUUUUGUUAUCAAUGAAGUCUGUCAAGAUAAUUAUCAAUUGAGAGAAAAAUUUGUCAAAUUGACUCAAUUGGUGUUGCUUGUUGGCAUGGACGAUGAUGAAUACGAAGAAAGUAAGCAACCAAUGCUCGAACAAGUGAAUCGCGAGGAUGCUUAUGAGGAAGAAGAGGAGAACGACGACGACGACGAUUUUACUGGUAUUAACUGGAUUUUGACUCCUCAAGAAAGAGAGCAAAUACGUAGUUAUAGAGUAUAG